GUGGGAAGGGGAGAGGGAUAAAGGGAGGCGCAGGAAUCUGUAGGACACACACGGAGGGAGCAGGGAGAGACUCAGUACUUACAUAGACUGUAAUAAUAGUCUAUACAAGAUGGCCCCCAUUCUACACUCUACCCAUUCGACACUCUCCCUAAGCCUAAUCCUAUGUGCACUCUCCCUAAGGCUCAUCUCUGGCACUCACACAGCCAUCGAGUGCAGCUGUGGAACAACAUAUACCAUGAAGCCCAGUGAAAAGGACGUUACCAUAAAGUGCACCAACAUCGCUGAAAAGGAGACAUUUACAGUGACCUGGAAACAAAAGGACGACAAAGGGAAAUGCCAGGGAAAGCAGAUCCAGUCUCUGCAGAUCCGGCCCAAAGUAACAAACCACACUGAGACCGACACUGCUUCCCUCAAUUACUAUCCCGACUACAAAGUUGCAGCGCUCACUAUCUACAACAUACGGGAGAAUAAGAGCUACUGCAUCGGGGUGGAGUCGACGGAGGAUAUCCUUAAGCCAACUGAUUGCACCUUUACGGUGGUGGUGGAAGAGAAAGAGCCACCUCCCUCCCAACAACCACUUGCAGCCAACGGUAACAAAGUGUCGGAGGCUUCCGAGUCGGACAAAGGAGAUGAUGGAAAGCCAGGUGGUAUCAAAUAUCUCUGGUUUCUGACUUUGCUGAUUUUGGUUGUCAUAGUAGCAGCUACCUUCUUCAUUUAUAAGAGAAAGCUGCAGGAUUUACAGCGGCAGGUACAUAAUUUGCAGCAAGCAAUGUGGGAAGAAGACGUCCAAUCAGAGACGAGCAAAAUGUGCCCCCAACCAAAGCCAGCAGCGAAUGGGCAGCCGGAUUUCUCCACUUUCAUUUCCACCUCCGAGACCUAAGGGUGGAUUUAUUCAAGGUUUAUUGGAUCAUUUAUUCAGGUUUUUGCUGUGAUUUGAGAAAAAAAAAGUCCCCAAUUUGGAUAAUGGAAUUUUCGAGAUUUAUCAAUUGAGAGAAUCGCCAACGGCAACGCGGCAUUGGGCAGCGCCUUCUAACCUCCCUGGGUUUCCGAGAACAAGUCGACUUAUUCGCCAAAUCAAUGAUCCGAUGAUUUCAAGAGGUUUUUAAAAAUAGACAAAAAUGUCGCACAAUCCCCUGUAUCUUUGGAAGUAACGUGGGUUCCGCUUUAACUUGCCCUUUAAUCAAGGGGAAACGCGGAGCCAGCGAAAACGAUUACGACAAUUUAACCGCAAAUUUACGUUUUGACUUAAAUCCUCAUUAACGGAAUCCUGCCAAUGUGGAUAAUGGGGCUCAUACUCAUCCAUUUCCCACCGCACCCCCUAACCCCCUGCAGGGCCCCCCCCCACCCACCCUGGGCAUCUAUUGACAAACAGCAGCUUUUACUCCCCC